GCUGUGUGCUGGAGGCGGCGGCGAAGGAGCAGCGAUAGUAGGAGCAGCCCAAGCAAGGAGGAAGCCACUUAGCGCCCGGCCGACCUCUCUCGCCCCGGACCGCCAGUCAUUUCACUGGGAGGAGGAGGAGGGCUCCGCCGACACAGCGCAGCGGAGGAGAGUCUCCCUUUUCUCUCUCCAUUGCUCGCCGCCGCCGCCGCCUUCGUCCGCCCGCCAUUAGCGCUGCGAGCCGGUGGGCGCCGCCGCGCUCUCGGCCGGCUGGGCUGGGCCGGGCCGGGCGAGGCGGGGGAGGAGUAGCCGCCGCCGCCGCCCAGUCUCUCGAGGGCCGGGUCCCCGUUUGAUGGAUCCCCGGAUCGCCUGGUUCCAGCCAGAGCAGCUCGGCCCCUCGAACCGCCUGUGGAUGCAGAUUUGGGAGACCACGCAAGGGGUCCGCAAUCUCUACUUCCAGCAGCAACAGCAGCAGCACGAGCAGCAGCGCGUCCAGCAGCAGCAACAGCAGCAGCAGCCCGGCUCGGCCGCCUCCAGCAGCAACAGCAGUAACACCGCCGCCGCCGCCAACCCCGGGAUCAGCCCGGCCUCGCCGCCCGGCAUGUCCCGCGGCCCCCGCUGCGACCCUCAGCCCGACUUCCUGCCGCUCGAGAGCGCCAACCACCAGCAGCACAACCACCUCCACCGGCGGCAGGCCUCCUCGCCGCAGCCGCCGGCCGCCACCGCCUGGGCAGGCAGGCCCGGCACCCGGGUAGCGGCUGCCGCCCCAGCACCUCCUGUCGCGGCCGUCUCUUCCUCCUCCUCUUCUAUUUCUUCUUCCACCGCCGCCGCCUCUUCUCCUUCCCCUGCCGCCGCCGCCGCCUCUUCGGCAGCUGGCCCUUCUUCGUCUUCCACUUCAUUGCCGCCCGCCGGCUCGGGUUCUUCGGCCGCCAGCAACAAGAGGAAGCGCGACAACAAGGCCAGCACCUUCGGGCUCAAUUACACCCUCCUGCUCGGGCCCGCCGGGGAAAGCGGGGUCCCGGCGCCGGGGGACGGGCCCCUGGGGAGGCCGCAAGCUGGCCCGGACGAGCCCGCCUACACCGGCACCCCUUGGAAGAAGGCGAACUACAGCCAAGGAGUGGUGGGUCUUCAUGAAGAAAUCAUUGAUUUCUACAAGUACAUGUCGCCCAGACCUGAAGAAGAAAGAAUGCGAAUGGAGGUGGUGAAUAGGAUAGAAAACGUUAUAAAGGGUCUAUGGCCCAAUGCUGAUGUACAGAUAUUUGGAAGUUUUAAGACUGGUUUAUAUUUACCUACAAGUGAUAUAGACUUAGUUGUGUUUGGGAAAUGGGAGACGCUGCCGCUUUGGACCCUGGAAGAGGCUCUCAGGAAACACAACGUGGCAGAUGAAGGUUCAGUAAAGGUUUUGGACAAAGCAACUGUCCCUAUAAUUAAACUGACUGAUUCCUUCACUGAAGUAAAGGUUGAUAUCAGUUUUAAUGUACAGAAUGGGGUAAAAGCUGCUCUUCUCAUCAGAGAUUUUAUCAAGAAAUAUCCUGUAUUGCCAUAUCUAGUUUUAGUAUUGAAACAGUUCUUGUUGCAGAGGGACCUGAAUGAAGUGUUUACAGGUGGAAUUGGAUCUUAUAGUCUUUUUUUAAUGGCCGUCAGUUUUCUCCAGCUACAUCCCAGAGAAGAUGCUUGUACCCCCAACGCCAAUUACGGUGUGCUUUUAAUAGAAUUUUUUGAAUUAUAUGGGCGUCAUUUCAACUACCUGAAAACAGGAAUCCGAAUAAAGGACGGUGGCUCAUAUGUGGCUAAGGAUGAAGUGCAAAAGAAUAUGCUAGAUGGCUAUAGACCAUCAAUGUUGUAUAUUGAAGACCCACUGCAACCAGGUAAUGAUGUUGGCAGGAGUUCUUAUGGUGCCAUGCAAGUGAAACAGGCCUUUGAUUAUGCAUAUGUUGUUCUGAGCCAUGCAGUAUCGCCAAUAGCUAAAUAUUAUCCCAACAAUGAAAGUGAAAGUAUAUUGGGAAGAAUUAUCAGAGUAACACAGGAAGUUGCAACAUACAGAGACUGGAUAUCAAAGCAAUGGGGAAUGCAGAAUAGCACAGAGACGUCAUGCAAUGGUAAUGGGGUGACCUUGAUAGACAACCAGCAGUUGGACAAAUGCAACAAUAAUCUUUCCGAAGAGAAUGAAUCACUAGGGAAACCUAGAAGUAAAACAGAGACACCAAGCAAACACUCAUCAAAUUCUUCAUCAGGCCCUUUAUCAUCGUCAUCUUCUACACUCUCCAGCUCCAGCGACGUAGAGUCUGAUGGAACACCAUGCAAAACCUCUAAACAGCUGGGCUGCCGCCAAACUACAGCAAACAGAAUGGCUACUCAGGACAUAUCACUGGGAUCCACGCAGUUGAGUGGGAAAAUACCAAGUGGCCAAACAGUGAAUGCAUCCAGUGUUGUAAACAAGUCCCAGCACGGCUCCACGAGGUUAUUCCGCACUUCUUCCAACAAAGGCUUCCAAGGUCCAGCAAAUUCAAGCCAUGGCACCUCGGUCAUGAACAAGCAGCACCAAGGCAGCAAAUCACACCAGUAUUUCCACGGCAAAAAGAGGAAACACAAGAGGGACGUGGUCCUUCCAGACCUUUGUAGAUAGUUCUCCUAUCUGACAAUUUUGACUGUUCUUCUGUGUGCAAUGAUCUCUCUCAUGCUACAAGAGUAAGUUGGGACAGUGAAUCCCCAGACCUCAUCUGGAGUCUCAAAAGACUAUGGGAACGUUGAUUAGCAACGCAUUUUAGUUUUUAUUUUUUCCAGCUCGCCACGGAACAGAUCAUGAAGACUGAUAAAGGCAAAGGGGGAGGGAGGGAGGAAGCAGCAAAAGGCCACUUAUGUGGCGAGUUAUAUGCUACCACAGGGUUGUUUAGGAUAUAAAGGCUUGAAUGUAAAAUAAAUAUUUCCCAUCAGCUUUUAUGCUGACCUGUAAGGGGGGGGGGAUAGUAUUCAGUGUGUUUAAGGGGUUGGUAAUGAACUAAAAUAAAAGGAUAAAAAAGUGAAAAAAAUAUUAUAUUUUGAGGGAAGCCCAAAGUUCAAAGGAGAGUGAGUAAAUUCACGCAUGAUAAUUUUUAAAUUAUUUUUGCAUAUAUUUACCAUUUUAUUGUGUAUCUAUAGAUGACCAUAUAGGAAAAUUGACAUUUGUAAUAGUGGAUUUGUUAAUACUUUUUACAUAACAUUGGCAUUUAAAUUGUAGAAACACCCCCCCUCCUUUUCCCUCAGGACUAGCUUAAAAAUAAUAAUAAUAAUAAUCUGAACUGUCAGCUGAACAUCGAACAACGUAGUGAGUUAUAUGGCUCAGAAAUUGUGGUGUGCUUCCCCCCCCCCGUUAGCAUUGAAAUGAUUUAAUAGCACAUUUAUGUGUCUGUACAUGUUGCUUCUCUGAAGGAAAAAAGGCAGAUAAGAUGCAGGGGUGCAAAGACUUGUUUGUAAAGUGUAAAAAUGCAUCAUGUGUCAACUCGGAGCUUGUAUUUCCUCUCGCACGAGUGGAAAAUGAACUCUUCACCUUCUUUCUGAUGUGCCAUCUUCUCAGGCAAAGGGUUAUUCCAGGUUAGUUUUCAUCAGAAACCUUAGGGGGUUAUUAUUAUUAUUAUUAUUUGAUAGGAAACCAAGCUACUUGAGGGGGGACAGGGAAAGAAGCACUUUGCUACAUGAAGGAAAACAUCUCAAGUUCAUUGGUGAUGUCUACAUUUUGGGACCUCCUCUAAACCUUAUGUCUUUUUUUGUGCCUUCAUCCCCAUUUUUUCCCCUCCUUUACCUUGCAACUUUGUAUCUUUUUCUUAAAAAAAAACUUGAGAAAUGGAACUGUUAAGGCAGUUGCAAAAAAAAAUCCCUUGUUAUCUCAUUCCUUUUUUAAAUCCACUCUUAAAGAAUUAAACAGUCUUCAAUAAUGGAAAUAAAUUUGUAUUGCUGUCUAAAGAGCUGAAACCUUUUUCAUAUCCAAGUACUUCUUUGUCAAAAAAUCUCCCACCCCGCCUUUUAAAAACGUUUGAACAUUUCCUAAGCUCAGCCAUGCUGUGGGUUUUAAGACUGACAAGAAGUUCAUGCGAUGAAUGCAAAAUGGGGACAUGUAGGUUUGUAGUCACUUGCAUUGUUUGCAAAAAGGAUUUGGCGCACUUUAAUUGAUAGAAUGUAAAGUGACUUUUACUGUAACAUUUUUCUUUGAAGAGGAAAGUGUGUUUGUGUGACUGUGUGUGUGUGUGUGAGAGAGAGAGAGAGAGAGAGAGAGAGUGUGUGUGUGUGUGUGUGUGUGUGAUUUCAGUAUGCAAGACUGUGUUCAGUGUAUCCAGUCUGGAGAAUGAUGAUGAUCCUUUUAUGAGGAAUAAUAUUAGCUUUUAGGUGUUUUCUUUUAUAAUUGCAGACCAACUUGACCUUUAAUUAAGCACUGACCUAGUGCAAAAACUUUUUAAGUAAAAUAAUGCAAAACGACCAAAAACUGUCAUCACUGAAAACUUAAUAAAACACACACUCUUGAUGAUAAAGCAUUUAUUUAACUUCCAAGGAAAUGGAGGGGGGGAAACACCACCUAGCCCACCCUAAUGCUCAAGAACACUAAGCUUAAAGGAAAAAGAAUGUUAACCUGUCAAUGUUUUCAAUUUUAGAUCCAUAUUCUGUUCUGAUCAGUUUUUAUCAACAAUAUUUUUGUUACUAUAAUUUGCUGCAAGUACAUUAUGCAUUAUUAAAAAGUAUUUAUUUUGAAUUUUAAAAAAAUGUUUUAUAACUGUGUAGGCCUACCUUCACUGCUUUGGGAACAAAUUCUAAAUUAUAGUAAUCCAGUAUUACUAGCUGCUGUUAUCAAACGCUGUUACAAAUGUGUAAUACAUCGAUCUGUAUUACUUAACCACACUGAAGGGUUGUUGUUAUUAUUUUUAUCAUUAUUUAAUUUUUCUUCUUCAAAGAAUCACCCUCAUUGUUGGAAACAAAUGUUCUGUCGGGAUGCAGAGUUUGGUGUUCCAAUAAGCAUGUGAUUAUUUUAAUGUGGUGGUAGCGGGAAGAUAAUCUUGAUUCCGUUGGGAAUCUUAGGUUUGCCUCAAUUUAUGGUUUUCAUAAAUUUUAAUGGAAAAUUAGCUUUUCCUGGACUGCUCGAGUUUCAUUUUGUAAACAGUAUAUUUCUUAACAGAAGACAAGAUCGAAGAAAAAAAAAGCAUGAAGGAGAAAUUGAGGUAUUUACUUUGCCUCAGAUUACCAGCAUUGUAUUCAUGAAACACUGUAUGUCUAAGCAAAACUUUUAUUUAAACUGGACAGUUGAACUGUUCGCCUUUUUCAAUCUGAAGUAAAAACAAAAUAGCUCCAAGUUUUGCCUGCUCAUUUAUCUUGUACAUUUCAUCUCUGUAUUCAACUCAAGUCUAAUUCCUUUUUUGAGUUUGAAUACUUUUUUUGUGAACAUUUUGUGGAAAUAUAUAUAGAUAUAAAAUAAAUGUUUAAACACCCACAUUUUUUAAAAUCAUUCGUGACAUCCAUUUUCUUUUGAAAGGCAUGUGAUUCCACCACCACCCCAUCCACUUGCGCACUAUCUCCAGCCACCCACUGCAAACUCCAAAUGGCCAGAUUACAUAGGAGCAUUGGAACCUGCCUUACACUGAACGAGACUCGGCUGGCCUUUCUAGCUCAGCAUUGUCAGACUAGCAGCCCUUACCUAGAGAUGGCACCUUCUGCAUGCUGAGCAGAUGCACAGUCACUGAGCUAUGAACCUUGCCCUAAAGACUAUUACACAAUAAUGGUAGUACAAUUGGGACUGAGGGAUGGCAGGGAACAAUCCCAGGAGUUGAGUGGCAGCCGAUCCCUUGGGUGUGAGUCCUGAGACUGCACAACAGGGCACAUACCUGCAUUUACCCAUUCACUCCUCUGCUUGCAUGAACAGCAAAGCAAUUGCAGCUUCCCGGUUUAACACAAGCCUUCCGUUAUGUACAAAGUGGAAGAUAACAGUGAAUUGCUUCUAAAGGAGCCAGGGUUUGGAAGCAAGCUUUAAACCAGGGUUGAAUCCUGGGUUUGGUUUCCCCCCCCCAAAAAAUAGUUCUUGCUUCUCACACGGAACAGGAAGCUUGUUUGUGUGAUUGCUUUGGUGCUCGUGAAAGGGGAAGAGUGAAGGAGCUGAUGCUCCUGGGCUGAUUGAGCCAGAAUUUGAUCUCUGAAACAUGGCUGCUGUGCAAAUCAUCUACUGUAGCGUAUGUGACGUUUCGUUUUGAAUUUACUGAGACUGGCAACAGCACAGUACAAGAAUGGCAGGUAGGUGUGUAGAUCUUUUUAUUACAGGGAAUCCCACAUGCUUUUGACUUACCUGUAUCUGCAAAUGCUACAGCAACCCCACAGCCUUCAAGUUGCCUGCUUACUGUAUAGUGCAUUUUAUUUCCUGCUCCAUCUCCUACAAAGGCCUUUAUAUCUGUUGACAACCUACUUUGAGUGCAGUAAUUGCAGAAAAGGGUCUAUAAAUAGACCUGAUUUUAUUUGUGCCUGAAUCCAAGAGGCCAGGGAAUAUUUCAUAGCCAAACUGUCUCCUUCAGGCUUGCAGUUAAUGGGUUGGCAAGGAAAGCAAUUUUUGUGCAUGUGUCACGCAUGUGGCCCUGGUACAGUAGUUCCUUGUUGAACUCUACUGUGUGCACAGGGCUACCUAUUAAGUGUCUCUCUGCUUUUCUUUGACGAAAGGUGCAUCUCUCUGUAUAUGCAAGGAGAAGCACCACCAUAGGCAAGGAGGACUCUAAGCAGUGAUGUGUAUAUGGAGCAAUAGAUUGUGGUGGGGGCACUGUAUGAUCACAGAAUCACCUGCAGAAACAAGUAAGUUGCAUUAUAGUUUGAUAAUUCAGUGUUACACUAGUUCAGUUUUUAACAACGGGUUAUGUAAGGAAACAAUUCUAUGAGUGCACACUAUGUCUUUCAAGUACAUUCAAAGCACAUUUCCCCCCCCCUCUAAAGAAUUCUGGGCACUAGUUUCAAGGUGGCUGGGAGUUGUAGCAGUGUCAGGGGGAAACUACAAUGCCCAGAAUUCUUUGAAGAGGGAAAAUGUGCUUCAGAUGUGUUUUAAAGGUGUAGUGUGUACAGAGCCCAAAUAGUUCAUUAGGUUUCCACAGAAGGAAAAUGAUUAGUCUUUUACAUUGAAGAUGAGAGCUUGUUUUCGCUCUUCAUUGUCUCUUGCAAAAUGCUAAAACACUAAGAGAGAAAUAGGAUGGGGUCACUGAUGAGCUAAACAACAUGUGCAUUAAAAAUAGCCUCCUCUGCUCCACAGCGGCUUGUAGGCAGACUUACAGCUUGCCGAAUCCUGGAAGUAACCUGAAGAAAACAUUGCAUGAGGAGGUUGAGAGAGUGCAUGACAUAAUACAACAUAAUACCAGACAAUGGUUUGGAAUUAUCUGAACUAUACCACAGACAAGUAGAGGCAAGAAGCUUGCGGGUAUAGAUUUGUGGUGUAUUAUAGGGUUUAUAAUAGAUUCAUAGGAGUUGGGAGGCACCCUAAGGGUCAUCUAGUCCAACCCUCUGUAAUGCAGGAAUCACAGUUAAAUAAUUCCUGACAGAUGACUAUCCAACCUCUGUUAAAUCUCCAGUGGAGAGUCCACUACCUUCGGAGGUAGUCCAUUCCACCGUUGAACAGCUUUUGAUGUCAGAAAGUCAUGCUUAAUGUUUGACCAGAAUCUCCUAUCUUUUAAUCUGAAUCCAUUGGUUCAGGUCCUACCCUCUGGAGCAGUAGAAAAUAGCCUGCGGCAGCCUUUUAAAUAUUUGAAGAUGGCUAUCAUGCCCCCUCUCAACCUUCUCUUCUGCAGGCUGCACAUACCCAGUUCCCUCAACCAGUGUUCGAAACUCACAUUGUUCUAGGCCCAUUUUGUGACACUGAAUUUCAUUAGUGGGAGCAGCUUCUGAGCUCUGGGUACAAUUCUGCACCUAAAAUUACAGAUUAAAACUGCAGAGUGGAAGGAAAGGAGGACCCUUUUCUGCCUCCCCACUUCCAGCUACUCUCUGAAGACUGGAGAAGAGACCCUCUUAUGAAUAUGAGGGGGCUGGGUAGGAGAAGGACUAGACUACGUGAAAAACAAAUAUAAGAUUUUAGCUGCAGUUCAUUUAUUUUCAGCUUUGUAUUCUUGUUAUUAAAAAAGCGUGCGUGCCUAGACAUUCUGUUGUUGUGUCCAUAACCUAGGUUUAAGGUGCCAUUUAGCUCCUAUCGUUCAUAUCUCAGUUUCUAACACUGCCCUCAACCCAUCCUUCAUAAGGCUUGGUUUCUAGACCCUUGAUCAUCUCGCCCCCCCCUCCCAUUUCCCAAAAUCCUUAGGGGGGGGCAGAACUGGGCACGUUACUCCAGGUGGAAAUAUUCUCUCUUUUUUUCUUCCAAAUAAUAUUUAUUCAUUUUAAAAUAAUACAGAAUACAAAAAAUCACAAAAACAAAAAGACAAAAACAAAAACAAAAAAAACAUAAGAAAGAAAUAUCAAUUACAGCAAAUCUUUCAUUUUUACUUGACAUUGUAGACUUCCUCAAUUCCCCCCUCACUGGGUCCAUUUUUAAAUCCAACUUAAGCAAUUUUCAUAUUACAUCUUAAAUCAUUUUAACACAUUUUUUCCAUUAUCUCUCAACUAUUCCUAAUCUAUAAACAUCAACUAUCUGUAAACUUAUAAUUCACCAAUUAUUCCAAAUCACAAAUCAUUUCCCCAACCAUCUAUUUCACCCCUUAGCCUAUAAUUUAUUCCCCAAAAUUAUCCAUAAAUUCAGAUAUUGGUUCUUUCUA